AUGGCGCCGGAUCAGGCGCUCGACCACCCAGAAGCUGGACUAGCAACUGGUUUUGAGCACGGAUUGCAACGAUCUCCAACGACGCCAGGCGCUCCACCGUCGCACGAAAUGACGCAUUCGUCUGACCGACGGCUGAGAACUGCUCGGACAGAGCUUGACAGUCCUCAACGUGAGGCAGUCGGUGCAAAAAGUGCUCCAAGCUCUCGAGGUCUUCCGCACAGCAACAUGCAAAUUCAGCAUGAUGCUCAGCGGAGUCCCGAUUACGACGGACUGUGUCCUCAAGAGCUCGAAGAGCAUCGCGAGUCACCGGACGGUAAUCGACCUAGUCGUCAUCGUCUGCCACCGACUCUUCUCGACGAGAACGGUGGCGUCCACUAG